AAAUUUGGAGCCGGAAAAUUUCCUUGCAUUUUGUGCGGGAAUAAAGCUGACCGUUCUCGUGUCAUCCAUGAAGAUGAGGCAAGAGCAUACGCUAACAACAAAGGAUUUGAGUACUUUGAGACUUCUGCAUGCACUGGUGUCAGUAUAUCGGAGGCCUUCCACUCCCUAUUUAGGACUGUAGUUAAUAGUAUACAAAGUGAUUCUGGACUUUGAAGGAUUUCGAAUGGACUAACGCAAUCACUUUUUUCAUCUACAUAAAAUCUGCCAGCAUAUUAACGUAAUUAAUGCAGCUCAAGUGAUAUAACCAACUUAACAAUGAUCCUUGAUAUGGUCAUACUAGGUCGGACCCCAAGUGAGCACCAGCAUUGUGCUUUCCUUGGGUUUGAAGGAUCUCCGUGAUGCAAUUCACUCCAAAAUUUGCCUUAUCCAGCCUACAACCAUUACUACGAUGACUGUCAUGAUAUUGAAAUACCUUGCCAUCACGCUUGCAUUCUCAGCGCUUCCUUUUGACGCUACAAAUGGCCAAGACUCUGAUGAAGCUUCGUCUUUGUCAAAUCUUUUGCGAGCCACUGACAAUGACAUCGUGUUCACAGCCGAGUCAGCGAGCAUGGACGAUACCAAUCCACUCUUCGAGGCGAAUACUCGCAUUAAAGGUUGCAAAUGGUGGCAAUAUUUUGUUCCAUGGAGUUGCUGCGGAGCCAACAGUUGCUAAGAGAAGAAGUCAGCAGCUGUUCAUUGUUUUUUUUUCCGGCAAUUGCAUAACUACUUUUUAAUACAUUCCAAC